AUGGAGAGGCAGAACAACCAAACUCACAAUAACAGAAGGGCAAGAUGGGUACUACCAACUAGACAACAUGAUUGCCAUGAGAUGGAAUAUUUCAAUAGUUACAAUAAUGUUGACAUCCACCAAAAUUUAAUCAAGGAUAACGUGUGGAUUAAGGCCUAUAAAACUGCUAUUGAACAUCAUCAGCAACAAAUUGCUGGAAAGAUUGUUUUAGAUGUUGGAUGUGGAAUAGGUCUAUUAUCUAUAUUAUGUGCUCAAGCUGGAGCAAGUAAGGUAUAUGCCAUUGACGCAAGUAACAUUGCUCGGGAGGCGAAACAUGUUGUUAAAGCAAACAAUCUUUCUGACAUCAUCACAGUAUUGCAUGGACGAGUUGAGGUACACUACUCUGCCCUCCCCAAUAUGUUUUACAUUUAA